ACGAUGUCCAAGAGUAGUUUGAAGCAGACAGGCGUCUUCUUAACAUGGUUGUUCGAGGACUUGGUCUCUGGGGAAACAUCGUGGUCCUUGCCUACAAUCCUAACGGCCAUCAACUGCUUCUUCGAAUCCCGGAAGAUGGGUACGACACUCUAUACCGCCUUCAGGACCGACGCAGCAUGGCCAGAAGACCAUCGGAGGAGUGGAACGUCCUCUCAUACUACGUCGAAGAGGGUGCCAAGGUUACUGCACCUAUGCUUGAUGCAUCUGAACCAUGUUGCCGGGUCAAUACUGACUUCAUGUCUGCGGAUGCUGCACGGCUAGCUGAUUGUGAUUCCGUAUAUGGAGUCGACAUGAAGGCGAAGCAAUCGGCUCUUGGACGACUUGGCUUCCCCAACUUGGCAACAUAACCUAGUCGAGGGAAACAUUACCAGGGAUUUCAAUAUGUUAAUUACGUAUGGACAGUCCUCCGACCCUAAUACACUCCUUUGUCGCCCGCCGAUCAAUCUUUCCGCCUCGGCUUCUGCACCGUCGCCAGAAUAUUUUCAUUUCUAUGCAAUACAUCUUGCGACUGUUCGACAGUUGUAGGUGCUUCUUCCAUUUCGUGCUGCACCAUCGACGCCACCGCCUUUCCCUUUUCUGCAUCUGGUUCGGGCACAUACCUACAUGUCAACGACGGAUGUCUACCAGGUCAAGAAAGAAUGCCUGGAGUCAGGAUAUCUCCGUGCUGAUCAAUCCAGAAUCAGCCUGGACUGCAAGCACCUAUUAAUGGAAGAUAAUUGUUCUCCUUAUACAAUGAGACAAGCAUGGAAACGCUUAGGAUUAGCGCCUGUUACAAGCCUUUCUGCCUCAAGAAUUUGAGAUUCGCUCCACGGGACGUGCUGAGGGCAUUCGCGUGAAGGAGUUUCUGGAGCUGACAGGGGAUUGUUCUGCAGGUUGCGAGUGCUACAAGGUUGGGGUUAUGAUCAUGUGGU